AUGCCUUUCAAAGUUAUCGUUGCUGGCGGUGGCCCAGUAGGCCUCACAGCCGCCCACGCCUUGCACAGGGCCAACAUCCCCUUUACUCUUCUCGAGAUGCGGGACCGGCCUGCCAUUGACGCCGGCUCCAACCUCGUCCUCAACAGUGUUGGCCUUCGCGCCCUGUCUCAACUAGGGUUGUUCGACGAACUGUGCAAAGUCAGUUCAGAGCUCAAGGACAUGAACCGCAUGGACCACAAUGGCAAUGACAUUGGCGACGUCAACUGGUUCCACUAUGAGCGCGAGAACUUUGGUACCUGGCCUCGUGUCAUCAGCCGUCGCGAUCUUACCCAUACCUUGUACAACAUGCUUCCCGAAGCCGCGAAAGCCAGCAUACUCUGCAACAAGAAGGUCUCGAACGUCGAAUCCACGGACUCUGGCGUCCGCGUCCACUGCGCAGACGGCUCGAUCCACGAGGGAAGCAUCAUUGUCGGUGCAGACGGUGCCCACAGCCCGACCCGUCGCAGCAUGCGCACGCUCGCUGCCGAACACAAGUCUUCAGAUGUCAACGAGGAGCAGCCCUUCCUGACUACCUUUCGCUGCCUUUGGUUCCGCUUCCCAGGCCAAGCAGUACCAGACCUCACGCUAGGUACGACGGCGGAGUGCCACGGUCCAGGAGCCGCCACGCAGCUUUUUGUCGGCGAGACGACUGCUGUCACGGGCGUCUACGAGCGUCUCCCCAAACCGAGGCGUGAACGCAUCCGCUUCACGAAGGAAGACGAGGAGGCUAUGGUUGCGAAAUGGAGUCACCUGCCCAUCGCGAGGGGCAAGCAGAGCCACUUGACCCUGGGUCAAGCGUACGCCACAUGUACCGACUCGGGCCUCGUCACCCUCGAGGAGGGCGUCCUCAAGCACUGGCACUGGAACUCGCGCAUCGUGCUGGUCGGCGACGCGGCGCACAAGUACACCCCGUCCCUGGGAUCAGGAUGCAACCAUGGCAUCGUCGACAUCAUGGCGCUUGCCAAUGAGCUGCACAGGCUUCCCGCCGAACCGUCCGAGUCCGCGCUCGCCUCUGCCUUUGGCAAGUAUCAGGACACCAGGCGGGACAGCACGACGCAAGGGUGCAAGGAAAGUGGUGUCGCGACCGACGCGGCGACCUGGGGCUCCGGUGUGGCCAAGAUUGUGGAUCGCUGGGUGAUUGCCAACACCAUGGCGCAGAAGUGGUUUGCGAACAAGGGCGCGGAGAAGACAGCGGCGACGAUUGUGUUUGAUUACAUCCCUGGGGAGGAGAGGAUGAUUGGGAAAAAGACCUGGGUGAACGCGAUACCGACGCGUGUAGAGGCAUAA